AUGUCUUCGGCCGUUCAAGAAGCCAAUGGCUCCCCUUUACUGCGUCCCCGUGCUGUCCCGGGGACGAAGAAGUUGGAAGAUCUGACAGCGAUUCCUCCCUUGGAUAAAUUCGAUUCGAGGCAAGCGUCAGAACUAAUUGCAGUUACUAGCGGCCGCUCGACUCCGGUCCCUGAAGAUGCGCCUCCUUCCGUACAUUCAAUCUCCACGGCGAGAAAACAAGCUCGAGCCCGGACUCGAAUCUUCUAUACAAUCGAUUAUGUUCCUCGAGUGUCUCACUUUGACCCCAGAAGCGAAUACCGCAACUUCCGUGGCUUCUAUACCCUGUUUUGGAUUGCAUUGUUUAUAAUGGUCGUUACGACGAUGCUUCGGAAUAUAAAGGAUACUGGCUAUCCGUUGAGGAUCAGAGUAUGGAGCCUUUUGUCGGAAAAUGUCUGGUCAAUGGGCUUCAGCGACGUGGCCAUGGUGGUCAGCAGCGCAAUGGUCCUGCCUCUCCAUCGCCUCAUACGGAGAAGCAGUGGCUUGAUGCGCUGGGCAAAGGGUGGCAUAGUUGUGCAGAGUACCCUUGAGGCCGGCUGGGCGAUUCUAUGGAUCAAUUGGCCAUUCAUGCUUCGCUGGACCUGGACGGCCCAGGUCUUCUUCACUCUCCAUACGUUGACAAUCCUGAUGAAAAUCCACUCCUACGCAUUCUAUAACGGUCAUCUUAGCGAGACAGAGCGUCGACUAGCUUCGCUCGACAAACCAGGGAAGGUGUCAAUGGAAGCGCCAGUCCCGUACCCAGACGCAUCUCCCCGUCGACGCUCGGUAGCCCGGCGUUCGAGCCUCCAUGCGCGCUCCGAGUCGAUCUCUGAACUGCGCGAGGACCUGGCCACAGAACUCACCUCUCCAUUAGGCAACGUUACGUACCCUCAAAACCUGACGGUAGUCAACUACAUCGACUUCGUCUGCUGUCCCACCCUGUGCUACGAGCUGGAAUAUCCUCGAAGCAAGGACAGACAAUGGAUCGAAAUUGGCCUGAAGACUCUGGCUAUCUUUGGGUGCAUCUUCUUGUUGACAUUAACAAGCGAAGAGUUUAUCCUCCCGGUACUGACGGAAGCCAACAUCCAAUUGCACAGGGUGUCCAGUGUGACCGAAAAGGCCUUGAUCCUUGCAGAAACCAUCAGCAUGCUCCUGUUCCCCUUCAUGGUCACUUUCCUGCUUGUUUUCCUUGUGAUUUUUGAGUACGUUCUGGGCGCUUUUGCAGAGCUCACCUGCUUUGCGGAUCGGCAUUUCUACUCGGACUGGUGGAAUUCCUGCGAUUGGCUCGAAUUCUCCCGCGAAUGGAACAUCCCCGUCCACCACUUCCUGCGCCGCCACGUAUACUUUCCCUCCCUAUCGAAUUUCUCCAAACCAGUCGCCAUGUUCAUCACAUUCCUGGUCAGCGCCAUCGCUCACGAACUAGUCAUGAGCUGCAUCACCAAGAAGCUCCGCGGCUACGGAUUCCUAGCGAUGAUGCUCCAGCUGCCUAUCGUCGCGGUGCAGAAGUCCAAAUAUGUCCGAGGAAAGACCACUCUCAAUAAUUUAUUCUUCUGGUUAUCUAUGAUUUUCGGGUUAUCACUGAUGUGUGCCCUUUACGUCCUCGUCUGAAAAUGGCGCGGAAUUACCGGAAGAGCAGCUCUGGCUACUCUGCAUUCUCUUGCUCCGGUUUGUAGCAUACCAUUUUGAAAGUACACUGUUGUACCUGUUGUCCACCACUCCAUACUAACAUACCUUAUACCCUGCUUGUUUUGGCAUUGUAUAUCCGCCGGUGUCUUUUGCAUCUUCUCUCUUUGGGUUGUGUUCUUGUUCUUAUUUUGUGGGGAAUUUGCAUUAGAGGGUUAUCAUAUCACUUACAUCUAUUUUUGUAUACACAUAUUCAUGUACAGGGUUUGUUAGACUGAAACCUAGAAUGGAUAUAAAGAAAGGGGGGCAUAUUUAGGUAGAGAGUUGCAUGCGCUCGGCAGCGACUGAAUAGUACUAGCUCUAGGAAGCUAUAGAUACUAUCUAUAGAUACGGAGUAGAUAUCUCGGGAAUCUUCUAUCUUAUCGCUGAUAGAAUAG